GCGAGUGCACAUAGAGCGAGGAACGGCGCAAAGUGGAUCCGGCAAUAGUUCAACAACAAUCAUGAAUAAUGAUGAUAAUUAGUUUAGUUCUGGAUUACACGUGUUUCAAAAUUUGGUCGGAAUUGGAAUAAUAGGUCAUGUCUAUGUCGUAUGGUGCUGUUCUGCGGUCUUGUCCUCUGCGAUGUUCUGCUCAGCUUCGGCUAACGGUGCGGAAUGCGGGCGACGUUAAUAAGAGGAGUGGGUCGUCACAUUUAUAUGGAAUGACACGGCUUGUUAGGAAUGCCGCUAUGAUGAGCUCACAAUGUUCAGUAUUUUCUAAGAGUAUUGGAUCCACCAUAUGCAAAGUUGGAUGGUUAAAUUACAACAAUGUUCUUAAAUUAAAGCCUUUCCCAUCGCGUGAAAUGAUCAUUUGUAGAGGAUUGAGAUAUAAUCAGCGCUUCAACAAUAAGGGGGGACAUGGAAGUAAAUCAAUACUCGCUUUGAAACAUUAUUGGGCUGAUGAUCCAUAUCGACAAGUUAGCAGUAAACCUGAUGGACCAGUCAAAGUAAAAAAUCCUCGACCCAAAGGCAUUGUACCAAUUGGAGAAGAUUACGGAGGCUAUAAUGAAGAGAAGCAUGAAGAAUAUGAAAAAGAGGCGGAACAACGUCAAGCUAGAAUUCAAUGGUUCAAGAAAAUAUUUUCAUCUAUGGUGUUCCUGUCCAUAUUCGUGGGUGUACUUUGGGCCCGUAACAAGAAGCAACGAACAGUUAACGAAAAUACCAAGAAUGUGACUUUCUUACCUCGAGACUUUCUUUUUGCUGGGUCAUUUAAUAGCUUUUGUAUUGUUGAAAGUCCGCAUGGGGGAGAAUCCUGUGUUUUUCAGUCUGAAAUUGUUCGAGAUGGGACUUUGAAAUUUAUCCAGUCAAUGGAUUUGCGCAGUGGAGACGUUGUAGUGGCAAGUUUUCCCAAAACAGGAACGACAUGGGUGCAAGAAAUAGCAUAUUUGAUAGAAAAUAAGUUGGAUUUCGAAAAGGCGAGCUCUAAUUUGCUGGAGGACCGUUUCCCAUUCUUAGAGUAUCCAUACCCUGGUGCUCGAUCAAUUGAUAAAAUGAAGUCUCCUAGAAUGAUAAAAACUCAUUUACCAUUUUCGUUCCUACCAAAACAUACCGACAACGCCAAAAUCAUCUAUGUCACCAGGAACCCCAAAGACACUGUGGUUUCAUACUACCAUUUUGCACGAAUGUUAUCUUUCACAGGAUUUACUGGAAGUUUUGCAGAAUUUCUUGACCGGUUUAUGGAUGGAAAAUUACCGUAUUGCUCGUAUUUUUCCCACGUGGAAAGCUAUUUACAAAGGAACAACGAUCCCAAUAUUUUGAUUGUAUCAUACGAAGACUUAUCAAAGGAUCCUGCAACCGUUAUUCAAAAAAUCUCCACAUUUUUGGAAAAGCCUUUGACAUCCGACGAGGUGAACAAAAUUGUUGAGCAUACAACGUUUCAAGCCAUGUCUUCCAACCCUUCUGUUAACUACAAGCACUGGGAUGAUCUAGGAUUCAGGAAAAAAGAUGAAGCACUCUUCAUGCGAAAGGGGAAAGUUGGUGAUUGGAGAAAUUACUUCAAUGCCGAAUCCAAUUCUCAGUUCGACAAUUGGAUUACAAGUAGUAAUAAGCUCAAUAUCAAAUUUGAAUAUGAUCCUUGAAAUGUUCAACUAGUCGUCUAUUAAUCUUGUUAUGUAUCAACCUAGUGAAGUGUGAAAGGGCAAAGUUGGCGAUAUAUUUUAAGCAUUACGAAGUAAAAGAAGUAAUAAAUAUAUAAUGUUUCGAAUA